AUCUUCUUCUUCCCAAUUCAAUUUAUGAAUCUAUAAAAUCAACAAAAAUUUCCCCCAAUUUCUCACUUCCAUCCAAUAAUGGGUUCCACAAUAAUCAAUCUAUUCUUUUCUUUCAUCGUCCUUCUCCAACUUCACUCCUCCGCCGGACAGAGCAGCGGAAUGAAGGGCAUUUACUGGUUUUCCGGUUCUGGAUUUCCGGUGUCCGACAUAGAUUCCAGUCUGUUCACCCAUAUCUUUUGUGCCUUCGCCGAUCUCGCUCCAAACACUUUCCAAGUCACCAUUUCACCUUCAAACUCUGCAAAAUUCAAAACCUUCACUCAAACCGUUCAACGCAAAAAUCCCAAUGUCAAAACGCUCUUAUCCAUCGGUGGCGGUGGUGCCAACGCCGAUACUUUCGCCGCCAUGGCCAGCCAGCCCGAUUCCCGCAAAUCCUUCAUCAGUUCAUCCAUUUCCUUAGCCCGAUCCAACGGUUUCUUAGGCCUCGAUCUCGAUUGGGAAUACCCAUCAAACCAAAACCAAAUCUCAUCGUUUUCCACUCUCUGUACAGAGUGGCGCGCCGCCGCGGAGAAAGAAUCCCAAUCCUCCGGCAAACCCCGGUUGCUUCUCUCUGCCGCCGUUUUCCGGUCGUCUAAUUAUUACGGAUUGCCAUUACCUGCGUCAGUUCUAGCCACAAAAUUGGAUUGGAUCAACGUCAUGUGCUACGAUUUCUACGGCCCUGGCUGGUCGCCGAACUCGACAGCGCCGCCAGCAGCUCUGUUUGGGUCCGCCGGGCAGGUGAAUUGUGACGCCGGUAUAACGUCGUGGAUUCAGUCAGGAUUCCCAGCGAGUAAAAUAGUGUUGGGAAUUCCGUUUUAUGGGUGGGCGUGGCGGUUGGUGAACCAGAAUAAUAAUGGGUUGUAUGCUCCGGCGAACGGAGCAGCGACGGGAGCAGGAAUUGACGACGGAGCGAUAACAUAUAAGGGGAUAAACGCGUUUAAAGAGAAUAACAGAGUAAAUUCGGUGUAUAAUGGGAUGGUUGUUACGAAUUAUGUCAGUUCAGGAACGACAUGGAUUGGGUAUGAUGAUAAACAGAGUGUUGCGGCGAAGGUUGCUUAUGCAAAGAAGAAAGGACUGUUUGGUUAUUUUGCUUGGCAAGUUGGGGCAGAUGAUAAUUGGACUCUUUCUCGAACAGCUUCAACAACAUGGUCCGGAUAAAUUGGAAGAUGACGUGGACAGAACGGAUAUAUUUAUGAAUAUCAUGUUCCAAAAAAGUAUUAAAUAAAUAUUAAGGAAUAAAAAAUUGGAGUUGAAGAUUUAGGGUGGAGUGUUGCAAUCUCUCAAUAUAUAUAAUAAUAUAGUUUGGUAUUGAUAUAUUAUUGUGAGGUAAUAAUUUUUUGGCUUAGUCGA